GACGCGCUCCCGCACGCGCGCUUUGACGCCGCGCGCAGCGUAAGGGCACUUUGAGGGCUGGCUUUUGGGGAGCUCUCUUUUUUUUUCCCCCCUCCCCCUCGUUUUCGUCGUCUUGCGGAGGAUUGCUGGGAGAACUGAAUUCGCAAUUCACCAAUUGUUAAAAAGAACAAAGCUCCAAUGCUGAUGACACCAGUCACUCGUCAAGAAGUCCUUGGCCUUUACCGCAAAAUAUUCCGAAUAGCCAAAACAUGGCAGUCGGCAACGGGACAGAUGAAAGAGACAGAGAAAGAAAAACAGUAUAUUAUCAGCGAAGCCAAAACAUUGUUCCGAAAGAAUCAAACUCUAACAGAUCCCGAGCUGAUUAAACAGUGCGUAGAAGAGUGCAAGGCGAGAAUAGAUCUCGGACUCCAUUAUCACAACCCGUAUCCAAGGCCUAUUCAUUUGCCACCCAUGGGCCUCGCUCUGCCACAAGCGCGGGCGUUUCGAUACCAGGAGAAGCUAAGGAAAAUCUCUAAACCGGUUUAUUUGAAAUCUCAUGAUGAAAUUUCAUAACCCUUGAACAAGCUUGGGGGUCGAUAUCGUCUCAAGUCUACCUGACUGAUGCAUUUUGCAUGGCUACAGGUGAAAAGGAAAUUGGUACGGUUACCACCAGGUGAUUUUUCCCUCCCCAAGGUUGGGAAUCCGCUUGGUCCCAAGGAGAGAUGAGAAGGAGGAGCUAAAUCUGCCUUGUGUGAAAGAAAGAAAGAAGCAUUGUGGGAAAAUUAAAAAUAAAACGUGAU